AUAAUAAAGAUUUAUUAUAAUGAUAAAAACACUACACUUCAUCACUGCCUCAUGCGUUAAGCAUUUGUAUGAAAAUAAACCUAACAGUACAUCUAAAAAGCAGUAAUAGAAAAGCGGUUCAUAUGAACUGUGUGAAAAUGAAAUGUUGAAGUGUCGUACAUGUUGUAUCCUGUACAAAGCUGAGUGGCCUUUGGACUGUGAUGUAAACAUGAAUAUUCCUUAUCAAAGCGUACAAAACCUCCAUAAAUCAUAAAUAAGCAAUAAGACUAAACGCAGCAGGUCCAGCCGGCGGGGCGGAGCGGCUCUCUGCAGUCAGUCUCAGAGGGGAUGGAGCCCGUCGGCAGCCGGCGGCAGCCCCGCUGAUCGUGUCCGGUCCGCCGGUCAACAUGUCUGUGUCCGGGAUGAAGAAGCAGCUCCACAAAGCCAGCCAGGUAACCGAGCGGGUGAGACCGGGGGAGGGGACUCACAUCUGGCUGCUGAACGAGAAGCUGAUGGGAGCUGAAGGAACUAAGAUGGAUGAAGACUUUGUGAAGAUGGAGAAGAGCGUUGCAGUGAUCCACUCUCUGCUGGUCGAGCUGCUGUCCAAAACUACAGAGUUCCUCCAACCCAAUCCAGCAGACAGAGCUAAACUGAACAUGCUCAACACCAUGUCCAGGAUUCGAGGACAGGGGAAGUCGGUGGGUUACCCGCAGACAGAAGGCAUGCUGGGAGAAUGCAUGGUGCGCUACGGACAGGAGCUCGGAGCGGCUUCUGAAUUUGGUGGUGCUUUGUCUGGUGUGGGUGAAGCUCUGCAGCAGGUGGCCCAGGCCCGGGACAUUCUGGAUGUCACCGUCAAACAGACCUUCAUCGACCCCCUGCAGGACCUCCACAACACAGAGCUGAAGGAGAUCAGAUACCAGCUGAAGAAGCUGAAUGGUCGCCGACUGGACUUUGACUACAAGAGGAGACGUAGAGGGAAAGUCCCAGCGGAGGAGGUCCAACAGGCCUGGGACAAGUUCAUCACGUUCAAAGAGGUGGCAGAGAGGAGCAUGUUCAUCCUGCUGCAGAACGAUGCCGAUCAGCUCAGUCGUCUGGCAGCUCUUGUGGCUGCGCUGCUGGACUUUCACCGCAAUGCCCACUGCAUCCUGCUGGGUCUCCAUGGUAACCUGCAGGCAAGGCUGACGGCUGCCAGUAACAAACCAGAGCGACGCUUCAGGUCCACAAAGAUCAGAAUGAGAAGUGAAUACAACGGCAGCAUUGGAUUUUUUCACCAGCCGUCUAUCACAGCUGCAGCUUGCUCAGCUGACAGUAAGCUGGUUCUGGAUCAGCCCUGUUGCCGGGCGAUGUACUCCUUCCACCCGAACCACGAGGGUGAGCUGGACUUCAAUGAGGGCGACAUCAUCAUCCUCACCAAUCAGAUCGACGCCAACUGGUACGAGGGCACGCUGGGCGGCCAAUCAGGACUGUUCCCCAUCAGUUAUGUGGACGUGCUGGUGCCUUUGCCGUUACCAUGACAACAUAUCAAACAUUGCAGAACACGCCACUCUGAUGAGUGUGUUUUCAAUGAUAUGCAACUUUUCAGCUUUUUAUUUGCACUUUUUCACAUCAGCAGGGCGACGUGUCGAACAGGAAAGAAAGGCCAUAGUUUCUGAUCUCAUGUCACACUUUACUUUUGCUGCUGUAUUUUACCAGCCCCUACAGGAAGCCAUUUUUAGACUAACGUGUGUGUUUCCCUUUAAGACUCUUAGCUUCAUGUCCUGCACAAAACUACUGUUGCCUUUCACAUUACUGCACGUUUCUGCAGUGUCCUCAACACACCUGAGAAUCGCAGCCACGUCAGUCUGACACUACCUGCAUUUCUGGAUAAGACUGACUGUAGACUGUUUAUGUGGGUACAUCCUCUAUACUGUAUGAUUUCAUUAUAAAUAAGAAAUACUAUUUAAGAAGUUUAAAUAAGAUGCUACAGGAGUGGGUUGCAGUCGUCAUCAGUGUUUUGCAUUCUGCAUGUACUUAAAGCAAAGUUAUUGUUGGCACUUUAUCUGCAGCUUUAUGAGACUCAGGCCAGGAAAUGUUUAUUUGUUAAAACAAAUGCACAACAAAAAAAAUACUGAAAUGACAUUUUGCCUUUGACCCGAGACAUCAAACAGGUGGUUGUAGAUGAAUUUGUGCAGACAGAUGAACUGACGCGACUACUACUACUACUGGAUUACUGCACAUGGAAAACCUGGGGCCCUAAAUGUUGCAGUGGGGCCCCGGUGUCCCAGGGAAACGCCUGCUUUAAUGUGUUGCCAAUGCAGUUUAUUAGCUAUAAAGGAACCUUUAUGAAACUUGAGAAAAGAACAAACUCAGAGGCCCGUAAUGUUUUUUCUGCACGCUUUGACAAUAGAACUCAAAUAUCUGUUUUAGAUUGUUGUAAGAAACUUAAACUGAACUGCUAUAGUUAAAGGAACAGUACAACAUUUUCAGGGACCUUCAUUCAUUUUAGUGUGUCUGGCUCAGACGUGAUGCAGCCAUGAGACACACAAAAAAGUAUAAUGAACAAAAGGUAACUUUAAAAAAGUACUUUCAGCUGUACUAAUACGUCACGAUUUAUGUGUUGAUUUAGAUUUUGAACAAAUGAUCUGAAUUUAUUAGGUAACCUGUAAUUAAAAGGUUCAAAUAGAUGUAGUAGCAUAAAAAGUACAAAAGUUAAUUUCCCUCUGAGAUGUAGUUAAGUAUAAGUAUAAAGCGGAAAUAGCAAUUAGUCAAGUAAAGUAUGAAUACCUGCUUAAGUACAGUAUUUGAGCAAAUAUACUUAGUACAUGUUCAUCACUGGCUGUAGAAAGGUGUAUUUUUUUACUUUUGUUGACAGUAGGCUAGCAGUUUCCCUCCGUUUCCAGUGUUUUUGCUAAGCUAGGCUAAAUACCACCUCCUGCUGUGUCCCUGUGCAGGACACACAGAUGAAACUGAAAUCCGUUUUCUCAUUUGGCUCCCAAAUGUUGAAUGGACCCUUUAAUGUAAACUAGUUAACAUUAGGAUAAAACCUGUCAUUAAUAUACAGCAGACUUCUGUAGAUAUUUACAGCUUUAAAUGAAAGUACUGCAGAAAAUCGUGAAAAGCAUUUGGUUUUACAUGAUAAAUAACAUGAAUGUGUGUGAUUAUAUCUGAAUCAUAUUUAGUUUUGUUUGAUUUGAGACAGAAGACAAUGACAGAGAGACACGAGGAGGUGCAGAAAACAGUUUGAGUUGAUCUCAUUCAGGGAAACGGGCACCUGGAGAUGGAGCCUAACGCUUUUAUAACAUUGUGAUGUAGAAUUUUCUCUGGUAAAAGUUGUUUCAGCAUUGACCAAAACCCUUCCCCUUGUCUGUUAGCUUCAAGGGAAAUUAACUGGUUUCCAAAUUCAGCCAAAUUUUUGAAUGUGAUGUGUUGAAGUCCUCCAAGCACAGAAAUGUUUGUUGUACAAAGGCAAGAAUGUAUUGGGAAUGUAUUUCUGCAAUAAAUCUGUAAUUUCUCUGA